AGCACAUCUACAUUACCAAAAAAGCACAGCGUCUCAUCUCUGCACACAAUGGAGGGUGUAAAGAGCUACGGUUGCUUAAUCGACAACCUCAAGGCGACCGAGCUGCGCUUGGGUUUGCCAGGGACCGAAGAGUACUCAGUCGAAGCAACGACGAGAGGCGCCAAGAGAUCCCACGAGGGACGUGAUGGUUACGCGAUUGCACCCGUGGCCAAAGCACAAGUUGUAGGAUGGCCACCGGUUCGGUCUCAUAGGAAGUCCCACGGUGGUCUUCGAUCGAAAACGACGAAAGAGACCGAUAACGGUGGUGGGAUGUACGUGAAGGUUGGCAUGGAUGGAGCUCCGUACUUGAGGAAGAUCGAUUUGGAAGCGUGCAGAGGGUAUGAAGAGCUCAGGGAGGGGUUAGAAAAUUUGUUUUUCAAGUGUUUUUCCUUGGAUUAUGCAGUCACGUACGAGGAUGGGGAUGGGGACUGGAUGCUAGUUGGAGACGUACCCUGGGGGAUGUUCAUCGCUACCUGCAAGAGGUUGAGGAUAAUGGGAGGCAAUCAAGCAAGAGGAAAUAGAGGAAGACGAUCAAUCAAGUAGUUUAUUUUUUUUUUAAUUUUUCCUUUGUUUUGUGGUUAAUGGUUCCAGCCAAAUACAGAGGCUCAAACAGAAGUUGGGAUUUUUUGUUUUUUUUUUUAAGAUAAAUGUGCAGAUCGAGGACAGUUUUUUUAUAGGUCCGGUACGUACUUGUGUAUAGUUCUUUGAACUCAUUUACUCGGAGAAGUGA